AUGUCAUCAUCGAAUGUUCCGAUCUUCACUCUUUCCAAUGGAGUACGUAUGCCAAGUGUUGGUCUCGGUACUUGGCAGAUGACCGGAGAUCAAGGAAAAACUGUAAUUCGCAACGCCAUCCUUUCUGGAUAUCGUCAUAUCGAUACUGCCACCUUGUACCAGAAUGAGGAUCAAAUUGGAGACACUUUGGCUGAGCUGUUCGCUGAAGGAGUUGUGAAACGAGAGGAUUUGUUCAUAACUACUAAAGCAUUCUGUCAUGAAGUGGCACCUGAUGUUAUAGAAGAAGCAUUGAGAAACUCAUUGAAAAGACUCCGUUUGGAUUAUGUCGAUCUCUAUUUAGCUCAUAUUCCAGCGGCCACCAAGGAAUGCGGAAAUCAUCGAACUAAUGUGAAGGUUGAGGAUAUUUGGAGAGGUCUUGAAAAGCUCUACGAUAUGAAGCUAACCAAAGCUAUCGGAGUUUCCAACUUCAACGAAAAUCAAAUAGAGCGAAUCAUGAAGAUUCAUAAAGUACCAAUUCAAGCAUCACAGCUAGAGCUUCAUCUCUACCUUCCACAAAAGGCUCACCGUGAGCUUUGUAAGAAGCAUAACAUUAUCAUUACGGCCUACGCUACAUUAGGAUCUCCUGGAAGGAUGUCAGUAGUUGGAGCUGACGGAAACCCACUUUUCGAGAGUACCAAGAAUGCUGCAAGCGAGUUGAACGACAAAAAUGUAAAGGCCUUGGCUUUGAAGUAUAAUAAAACUCCGGCUCAGAUUCUUCUCCGUGCCACUGUCGAGAUGGGAAUCGUUGUGAUUCCAAAAACUACCAAUCCAGACAGAAUGAAAGAGAACAUCAACAUCUUCGAUUUCAACAUCUCCAAAGCUGAAGUGAACUUAUUGGAGGCGCAUGAGAAAUCAAAGCCUGAGAGAUUGUUCUGGUGGCCAAAUGUUGCCGACCAUCCAGAAGAUCCAUUUGCAGUUGAGAGAUCAAAGUGA